AUGCCCACGCCUACGUUUCUUGUCUGCCCAGACGUGGUGAAGUUCGAGAACGUCGGCCAGAUAGCCGUGGUUAACGGGAUGGUCUACCUCGGCGGGUCCGUGGGCAUCGACAAGUCUGGGACUCUUCACAAGGGUCUCGAGGAGCAGACGCGUCAGACCUUCGAUAACAUCCGAAAGUGUCUAGAGUAUGCCAACUCUGGUCUGGACUAUAUCGUUUCGCUCAACAUCUUCCUGUCCACGUCUCUCAGCGACAGUGAGGAGGCCCGCUUCAACGAGCUCUACCGCGAGGUCUUCUGCGUGCCAGCCACGCGCCCCUGCCGCUGCUGCGUCCGGGCCCAGCUGCAGGAGGGGCUCCUUGUCGAGGUCGUCAACGUGGUUGCGGCGCAGAAGUAA